AUGAGGCAAAGGAAGCGGUUGAAUGGUGGGGUACUGAGUCGAGAUAAGAUGGAUGUGGACUCGUCUAUGGAUGAAAAAUGCAAGCAAAGUCAGAGAGAACCCGAGCGGCGGGUAAUCCCGUGGGAGUGUGAAAGGAACACACCCGAACCCACUGGAGGAUUGGCGAGGGUAUUAAUGAGGAUCCAGACUGCGCUGCUUGCUCCAUUGUGUCCCCGGUUUUGCAGCCAAUACUGCGGCUCUUCAACAAUGGGACGGGCACCAAUUCUGUACGUGAAGGAGAUGUUUUAUCCGAUUAUGGCGGCGGUCGGAAUCCCCGCAAACGUGGUGACGGCUGCGAUCCUGUACCGGGAAAAUUGCGGUCUCUCCAGAGGAAUCACGCGUUACAUGAUGGCGAUGGCGAUCUCCGACCUUUUCGUGUUAAUUUUUCACGUGUUGCUCGGUGGGAUAUACAUUUACUAUUCUCCGAUAUCCUUCCUGACUCUCAGCACAGUGUGCCCUACAUUUGUGUACCUGCGGAUUGUCGCUCUAGACUAUUCUGUCUGGUUAACCGUGUCCUUCACCUUCGACCGUUUUGUCAGCAUUUGUUGUCCGAAGCUGAGACUCACAUAUUGCACGGAGAGAACGGCCGCCGUGGUGAUUGUGUCCUUGUGCGCGCUAAGUUGUUUAAAGUUCAUCCCCUUUUACUUCAUGUACCAGCCUCGCUACGUCAUGAAUAAGGUGAACUGGGGCUGUCGACAGAAAGACGCCUACUUCACCUCGAUCUGGUGGCUGGCUUUCUCCUGGAUGUCGAACAUCUCUCUUUCCUUACUCCCCUUCGCUCUCAUACUUCUCCUGAACGGGCUGACGGUCAAGAACAUUAUAGCAUCCAGCAGGAUCCGGCGGCGCCUGAAGGGACAGGAUGGCAAGGACUGUGAGACAGAGAAUCGGCGCAAGUCCAUCGUCUUACUCUUCACCGUGUCCGGCACGUCCAUACUACUCGGGACCACGGGAGCGGUGACAUUCAUUUGUACUCGAAUCACAAUCAAUUUCGUGGGCAAGGAUCUCACAAGUCCCUCUAACAUCGCCAAUGAGGUGGGGGUCUUGCUCAUACGCGUUAGCUGCUGUGUCAACACGAGCAUCUACGCAAUGACCCAAGGCAAGUUCAGACAGGAGUUGACGAACGGGAUUAAAAGUCUAGCACGGUUUAUCAUUAAACCCAUGAAACUGGCGAUGCAGGCGGCCUAG